CAACCUAUCACUUUCCCCUUCCUCACAUAUGUCUGAGAAUUCUAGGACCUAGACUUUUUUUUUUCCUUUUUUUCCCUUCUCGAUCAGACAGGAUGCCGCCGCCCACCGAGGAGAUUCGGAACUGGACGCGCCGGUUGCCGGACAACAGCAGUUAUACCAUCUCCACCGACCCCUCACUCAUCCAGCUGGACGCCAUCAAUGCCGCCUUCGACACGGACAUGGUCUACUGGGCCAAGCCCCUACCCCUCCCGGCGCUGAAACGCUGCGUCGAGCAGUCACUCUGCUUCGGGCUGUACUUCCACGAAGAACAAGAAGAAGAAGAAGAAGAGGCAAACAGAUCAGCAAAAGACGCAGCAGCGGCCCCCGCCCCCGCCCCUCCGAAAAAGAAGAAGAUGGUCGGCCUCGCCCGCGUUGUCACCGACUACGUCACCUUCGCCUACCUGACGGACGUGUACGUGCUGCCCGCGCACCAGGGGCGCGGCCUGGGCCGCUGGCUGAUGGCCUGCCUGGACGAGGUGCUGGCCUCGUGGCCGGCCCUGCGCCGGUGCAUGCUCCUGACGCGGGACGAGGCCGCCGUGCGCAUGUACGGCGCCACCAUCGGCGCGCGGGUGCUCCGCGGGCGGGCCGCGAACGACGACGUUGGUGGGGAGCCGGACGGGAAGGGGAAGGGGAGCCCGAAGGAAAAGGGGCUGUUCAUUCUCGAGAGGAAGGGGCCCGGGAUCGGGUUUACGGUUGGGGAGGGCGGCGGAGGCAGGUGAAAGGGCGGCUAUCAAGUCUUUUGUCAAAUUUAUCUUCCUUUUCUUUCUUUCUUUCUCUCUCUCUCU